UUUAUUAUCCUUAUUUAUUAAUUAAUAAGAAGCGUUAUGCUGGUUUGUGUUUCUCUUCUCCUGAGAAUUAUGACAAAAUGGACUGCAAAGGAUUGGAAACAGUCAGACGAGACAAUUGUCCUCUUGUUGCCAACCUAUUGAACACAUGUUUACAUAAAAUAUUGAUAGAGAGAGCACCUUUUGAAGCUCUUGAAUAUGCUAAGGGAACUAUAUCUGAUCUCUUGUGUAACCGUAUUGACAUCUCACAGCUGGUAAUAUCUAAAGAACUGACUAGAACUAGCACAAGCAAAGAAUACGUCAAUAAACUAGCUCAUGUGGAGCUAGCAGAAAAAAUGCGUAAGAGAGACGCUGGCUCCGCCCCUAAUCUAGGCGACAGGGUACCCUAUGUUAUUAUCGCCAGUGCUAAAGGAACACCUGCCUAUAAGAAGGCAGAGGAUCCUAUUUAUGUACUAGAGAACAACGUCCCCAUUGAUACCGAGUACUACCUUGAGAACCAGCUGGCCAAACCACUACUGAGAAUAUUUGAGCCGAUAUUGGGAGACAGCAAAGCUCAUUCUGAAUUGCUCAAGGGUGAUCACACUCGGUCUAGGACAGUAAAGACCUCAUCAGCUCAGGGAGGGUUGUUUGGGUUCACGACAAAACGUAGCACCUGUAUCGGAUGUAAAUCUGUUCUAGACAAUAACGAUGGUGUAGUGUGUCCACAUUGCCAGCCAUUAUUGUCAGGAUUAUAUCAAAAAGAAAUGGUCCAGCUCUCCCAGUUAGAAGAGAAGUUUUCUCAGCUUUGGACCCAAUGCCAGCGUUGCCAAGGGAGCCUUCAUGAAGACGUUAUAUGUACCAGUCGUGAUUGCCCCAUAUUCUACAUGAGAGUUAAAGUUAGGAAAGACUUAGAUGCACAGGAUAAAAUACUUCAAAGAUUCGGCCCACCAAUCUGGUAGAGAUUUAACAAUUGACACAACUACUGAACUAUUAUUAAUAACUAACAACAAUAAUAAUUAAUAAUUAAUGAUUAUUAUUAUGGUCACAGGUUAUGCUCUAAUGGCUA